GCUCAGUUAUUGUUGUUGUGGUCAACAAGGCAUGCAGGGGACCAGCCAUAGGCAAGAAAAAAGGGGCAAUUGUUGUUUCGCUGCUCGGAAGCUUUCCCGACCACCACGAAACCUAGGAGCAGCAAAGCAAUGCCAUGAGGGCUUUGCCUCGUCUCCGCAGCUCCUUCUGGGAAGCCAAGUGAUAUUCCCAGCAUUGAUGCAGCGUGUAAUGCAUUUGUGGGAAAGGAGAGAGGGAGGGUGGCCGGGGGAGGCGGCCGCCACUGGCGAGCUAUCAGGGGAACUGUGUUGUUUCUGCAGCGUGACACUGUCUGGGCUUGGUAAGCGCCGCCGGCUAUGGGUUUGAAACGAUGCAACAAGCAAUCCAGUAUCCCCCGCAGGAUGAGCCAGGCCCAGGCGAGCAGAGGCGACGAGAGCCUCGUCCGUUAAGGUCAGCGAGCCCAAAUGGGAAAGAAACGCAUCCCGAGGGAAAGAGGCUGACUGGACUCUUCCUUUCUUGGUGGAGCGCGGCGUAUUGACACGAGGGCGAGAGGAGGAGGAGGAGCGGCGCUGGGAUCUGAAGGGCAACUACUGAUAACCAAGGGAGAGAGAGGGAGAAGUCAAGGCGUCUGCUUGCACGGUUUCACUGCCCGGUGUCAAGCACGAGAAUAGGGACCCGGAGAAAGAUGGGAGAGCGGGGCCGAGGAAGGCUAUAACAAAGCAAGACCUUCCACCCCUCGAGCAAGCAGGCUGCAGCCCAGGGCAGGCCACUGUGCCGCAUGUAUAUGUUGCGCACAGAGAUUGAUAUCCCCGCCCCCGCCCGUCUUUUCCCUUGAGGGUCACUCAGGCAAAAAAUAAAGCCCCAAACGCAAGACUCUCAGCACGCAGCAGGUCUCUCAGUGCAGAGACCCUCGUCUCCCGCCACGGUGUUGUGAACGGACGCCCGCCCCUUCAGAGCGACUAAAGAUGACAGUGCCGCAUCGCUCCCGGGCCCCCCCCCCGCGGUCUCAAAAUGCUAACCGGGCAGCCUUCAAAAGAAUUCAACAGGAUUUAACCUGGCAGCUCACUUAGGAAGGUGCUUCGCGUCGCGCGACCCGCUGCAGGUCUGCUCAGCAGUCGGCCCCGCUGCACUCACUCCCACUGAAGGGCGCGCAGGGCAGUCUAAACAUGACAGAGGCGAGAAUGACCCGCGGCGGAAUGGGGUGCGAGGGCGGGCGAAGACGCAGGAGGAGCAACCGAGGGAAGGAGAAAAAGACGGAGGUGGAGGUCACCUCCAGGGCCGGGUGUGUGGCGUCCGUGACGUCCUGGAGCCGCCGCCGCCUCCUCCCUCUUCCCCUGCGCUCGCUCGCUCGCUCUCUGACCGCUAGCCGAGCGCAGAGAUUUGCUGCUAAUGAAAUCGGAGAGGGAGGAAGCCCUUUCCAUUGGAGGCACACACGUGCUCCCACGCCGCUCGGGGAGGGGGCAUGGGCGUUUCCUUGGACAGCUUGCACGGCAACAGCCCCCUCCCUCCAGCCUUUUUGUGCCGUUCCCCCAGGCUUCUUUGCUGCCUGGAGUCGUGGAGGGAGCUGAUCAGGCAGUGUCAAAACUUUAACCAUGGCUGGUUAUCUCUCCCCUGGUGCUUACUUCUACACUGAGGAACAGGAGUACCUGCAGGCUUAUGAAGAUGUGCUGGAGAGAUACAAAGAUGAACGGGACAAAGUACAAAAGAAAACAUUCACAAAAUGGAUAAACCAGCAUCUUAUGAAGGUUCGCAAACACGUGAAUGACCUGUAUGAAGACCUGCGAGAUGGACAUAACUUGAUCUCUCUCUUAGAAGUUCUUUCAGGAGACACCUUGCCAAGGGAGCGAGAUUUUUUGAAGACCUUACGGUUGGUGAGUUCAACAGAAGCAUGCCCGUAUGAACAGCAUGAGGAUGAGGAGGAUGAGGAUAAGGGGCCCAGAGAGAAAGGUCGGAUGCGUUUUCACAGACUACAGAAUGUACAAAUUGCACUUGAUUAUUUGAAAAAACGACAGGUGAAACUGGUGAACAUUAGGAACGAUGACAUAACAGAUGGGAAUCCCAAGUUGACUUUGGGAUUAAUAUGGACCAUAAUUUUGCACUUUCAGAUUUCUGACAUCCAUGUUACUGGAGAGUCAGAGGAUAUGUCUGCUAAAGAGAGAUUGCUCCUGUGGACACAGCAGACAACUGAGGGUUAUGCUGGAAUUCGUUGUGAAAAUUUCACUACCUGCUGGCGAGAUGGGAGAUUAUUUAAUGCCAUCAUUCAUAAAUACAGGCCGGACCUGAUAGACAUGAAUACCGUUGCUGUUCAAAGCAACCUUGCAAAUUUAGAACACGCUUUUUUUGUAGCAGAAAAACUUGGUGUUGCCAGACUUCUAGAUCCUGAAGAUGUUGAUGUCUCCUCACCUGAUGAGAAGUCAGUAAUCACUUAUGUGUCAUCACUUUAUGAUGCAUUUCCCAAAGUACCAGAAGGUGGUGAAGGCAUCAGUGCACAUGAUGUUGAAGUCAAGUGGGUUGAAUACCAGAAUAUGGUGAACUACCUCAUCCAGUGGAUCAGGCACCAUGCCACAAUAAUGGCUGACAGAGCGUUUCCAAACAAUCCUGUGGAACUUAAGGCACUUUAUAACCAAUAUUUACAAUUUAAAGAAACAGAAAUUCCACCAAAGGAAACAGAUAAAUCAAAAAUCAAGCAUCUAUAUAAAUUAUUGGAGGUUUGGAUAGAAUUUGGGCGUAUCAAGCUCCCUCAAGGCUACCAUCCAAAUGACAUAGAGAAAGAAUGGGGGAAGCUAAUUAUUGCUAUGCUGGAAAGAGAGAAAAUGCUUCGACCAGAAGUUGAAAGGUUAGAAAUGCUGCAGCAGAUUGCAAACAGAGUUCAGCGAGACAGCCUGACCUGCGAAGAUAAACUAAUCCUUGCUCGAAAUGCUGUGCAGUCAGAUGGAAAACGGUUAGAUUCAGGUUUGCAAUUCCAGAAUGAAGCAGAGAUUGCUGGUUAUCUACUUGAAUGUGAGAAUCUGCUACGCCAACAAGUCAUGGAUGCCCAGAUUCUUAUUGAUGGAAAAUAUUAUCAGGCAGAUCAGCUUGUCCAGAGGGUUGCAAAACUACGAGAUGACCUUAUGGCCUUAAGAGCAGAGUGCUCCUCAAUAUACAGCAAGGGGAGGACACUGACGACAGAACAGACCAAGAUGAUGAUAUCAGGAAUAACACAAAGCUUAAACUCAGGAUUUGCACCGAACUUAAGCCCUAGUUUAAACUCUGGAUUGAGCCAGGGCUUAUCACCCUCCUUGACGUCAUCCAGUCUCACAUCAGGCUUAUCAUCGGGUCUUUCAUCAAGACUGACUCCAACCUUCACUCCAGCAUACACACCAGGCUUCCCACCACGGUUAAUUCAAAGCUACAUAACAGGAGUUGACACGGGUGCACUACAAACCCUCAAAUUGAUGCAGAUCCGAAAACCCCUGAUGAAAUCCGCCUUUAUUGAUCAGAAUUUAACGGAGGAGGAAGUCAACAUGAAAUUUGUCCAGGACCUUUUAAGAUGGGUUGAUGAAAUGCAGGUGCAACUUGAUCGGGCUGAAUGGGGUUCAGAUUUGCCAAGUGUUGAAAGCCAUGUAGAAAAUCACAAGAAUGUCCACAAAGCUAUUGAAGAAUUUGAGUCAAGCCUUAAAGAAGCAAAAAUCAGUGAGAUCCAAAUGACCGCUCCCCUUAAACUCAGCUAUGCAGAAAAAUUGCACAAACUGGAGAGCCAAUAUGCAAAACUCUUGAAUACAUCAAGAAAUCAGGAAAGACACCUUGAUACCCUUCACAAUUUUGUAUCACGUGCUACCAGGGAAUUGAUAUGGUUGAAUGAAAAAGAAGAGGAGGAGGUUGCUUAUGACUGGAGUGAAAGAAAUACAAACAUAACAAGGAAAAAAGAAUAUCAUGCAGAUCUGAUGAGAGAACUUGAUCAGAAAGAAGAAGUUAUUAAAUCGGUUCAGGAAAUAGCAGAACAAUUGCUCCUUGAAAACCAUCCUGCAAGGUUAACUAUUGAGGCCUACAGAGCUGCUAUGCAAACACAGUGGAGCUGGAUUUUACAGCUUUGCCAAUGUGUUGAACAGCAUUUAAAAGAAAACACUGCAUAUUUUGAGUUUUUCAACGACGCCAAAGAGGCCAUGGAUUACUUGAAGAAUUUAAGAGAUGCCGUACAACGAAAGUACAGUUGUGAUAGAACCAGCAGUAUCCAUAAACUGGAAGAUGUGAUCCAGGAAUCCAUGGAGGAAAAAGAACAGCUCCUGCAGUACAAGAGCAUGGUGGCUGGUCUUGUGGGGAGAGCAAAGACAAUAGUUCAGCUGAAGCCGAGAAAUCCGGAUAAUCCGCUCAAAACGUCCAUCCCAAUUAAAGCCAUCUGUGACUACAGACAAAUUGAGAUAACGAUCUAUAAAGAUGAUGAAUGUGUACUAGCAAGCAACUCCCAUCGGGCAAAAUGGAAAGUGAUUAGUCCAAGUGGUAAUGAGGCAAUGGUUCCCUCUGUAUGUUUUACAGUUCCUCCACCAAACAAAGAAGCAAUAGACACUGCAAACAGAAUUGAACAGCAAUAUCAGAAUGUCCUAGCACUUUGGCACGAAUCACAUAUAAACAUGAAGAGUGUGGUCUCCUGGCACUACUUGACAAAUGAAAUUGAAACAGUUCGAGCUGGUAAUGUUGCUUCGAUAAAGACACUUUUGCCAGGUGAACACCAACAGGUUCUAAGCAACUUGCAGUCCCGCUUUGAUGACUUCCUGGAAGACAGUCAGGAAUCUAAAAUAUUUUCAGUUGCUGACAUUACACAACUGGAAAGGGAGGUGAAUGUGUGCAAGCAGUACUACCAAGAGCUCCUUAAGUCGGCAGAGAGAGAGGAGCAUGAGGAAUCCAUCUACAACCUAUACAUAUCUGAAGUUCGAAACAUCCGACUUCGGUUGGAGAAUUGUGAAGAUCGUUUGAUCAGGCAGAUCAGAACGCCUCUAGAGAGAGAUGAUCUACAUGAAAGUGUAUUUAGGAUCUCUGAACAAGAGAAACUGAAGAAGGAGCUGGAUCGACUCAAAGAAGACUUGGAGACAAUAACUGAUAAAUGUGAUGAUUUUUUCAGUCAAGCUGCUGGUUCGCCCUCUGUUCCUACCCUGCGGUCAGAGCUUAACCUUGUAAUUCAAAAUAUGAAUCAGAUUUACUCCAUGUCUUCCAUUUACAUUGAAAAGUUAAAAACUGUAAAUUUGGUGCUCAAAAACACACAAGGAGCUGAAGCACUAGUAAAACAGUAUGAGACUAAACUAUGUGAAGAAGAGCCGCUAACUGCUGACAAAAGUAAUAUCGAGAACCUGAUGGGUACUUUAAAGCAAUGGAGAUCAGAGGUUGAUGAAAAAAGACAAGUAUUCCAUGCUCUGGAAGACGAACUCCAGAAGGCUAAAGCAAUUAGUGAUCAGAUGUUUAAGUCACACAAGGAACGUGAUCUUGACUUUGACUGGCACAAAGAGAAAGCUGAUCAGCUAACGGAGAGAUGGCAAAACGUUCAUUCUCAAAUUGAAAACAGGUUGCGUGACUUAGAGGGUAUCAGUAAAUCCCUAAAGUACUACAGAGAUACUUAUGGGGCACUGGAUAACUGGAUUAAGCAAGUUGAAGAAACUCAGCAAAGGUUUCAGGAAAACCCUCCUCAAACCAGUAAAGCCCUGGCCAAACAGCUAAACCAGCAAAAGAUGCUGAUUUCUGAAAUAGAGACAAAACAAAACAAACUAGAUGAAUGCCAGAAAUAUUCAGAGCAGUACUCAGCUGCGGUAAAGGACUAUGAGUUGCAAAUGAUGACAUACAGGGCCAUGGUUGACUCCCAGCAAAAAUCUCCAGUGAAACGCCGAAGAAUGCAGAGCUCCUCUGAUUUCAUAAUACAAGAGUUCAUGGAUUUACGAACACGCUAUACAGCUUUGGUUACCUUGAUGACUCAGUACAUUAAGUUUGCUGGUGACUCUCUGAAAAGGCUAGAGGAGGAAGAGAAAUCAGUGGAAGAUGAAAAGAAAGAACAUGUUGAGAAAGCUGGGAAUUUACUGAAAUGGGUUUCUAACGUCACCAAGAGCAUCAGCAAAGAUGGAGGAGAAAGGCCUGAAAAAGCAGAUUUUCUUAAGAAACAGAUUUCCUCUAAAGAACUGUCAACCAAGAAAGAACAGAUAUCGGAGGCUUUGCAAACAUCACAGUCAUUUUUAGCAAAACAUAGUGAUAAAAUGACGGAGGAAGAGAAAAAUGAAAUGGAAACUCAUGUGAGCUCCUUGCAAGAAGCUUAUAAACUGUUGUCCAAUGAAGAUUUGAAGCAGUUGCAGGAAGAGCAAAAUGGAGAUGAUGAAACCAUGGUUGACAAGGUGGACAGAGUCAUAGCUGGCAUCAUUAAUCAAAGCACCGGAGAGAUUUUUUCAAUCUUCCAGUCAAUUUAUAAAGGCCUUAUUGACUAUGACACUGGAAUGCGAUUACUGGAGAGUCAGCUUGUUUUAUCGGGUCUAAUUUCACCAGAUUCAGGAAAGAGUUUUGACUUUGAAGAAGCAAAAGCCCACCAAAUUGUUGAUGAACAAGCUAUACUUCAACUACAAGGCUUGCAGAAUGCUAAAAAGAUAAUUUCAGAAUCACAAUUAACAACACUCCCAGCUAUAGCUGCUUUGGAACAAGGUCUAAUUUCAGAACCUCUGGUUAUUAAAAUUCUUGAGAUUCAGCUUUCCAGAGGGCAUCUAACGAUACCAGCCACAGGAGAACAGCUGACUUUGCACAAAGCUUUCCAGAGGAACUUGAUUUCAGCACCAUUAUAUACGAAGCUCCUAGAAAGAAAUGAUAGUUGCAGAGACCUUAUUGACCCUAAUACUGCAGAAAAGAUCUCCCUUGAGGAGUUGCUUGAAAGAACCAUAGUACAUAAAGAAACAGGUUUGAGGCUCUUACCUGUGAUCCCUCAAGAGGGAGGCACAAUAAUGCUGCAAUGUGGAAGAAAGAUAACUAUUUUGAGAGCAGCUCAUGAAGGACUGAUAGAGAAGGACACCAUGAUCAGGCUGUUAGGGGCUCAGUUACUUUCAGGAGGGUUAAUUCACCCAGAUGCAGGACACAGAAUGACUGUUGAGCAGGCCAUGAGAGAAGGGGUUAUUGAUCAGGAUGCUGCUUGUGCCAUUUUGACUCACCAGGUUCAGACAGGUGGGAUUGUGUCCCCAAGCUCAUCAGAACGUUUGACUAUAGACGAAGCUGUACAGUGCAACUUAAUAUCCUCUAGUAGUGCCCUACUGGUACUCCAGGCACAGCAGGGCUUCAUGGGACUAAUCUGGCCACACAGUGGGGAAAUAUUUCCUGUUUCUACAUCUUUGCAUCAAGGCAUGAUACCAAAUGAGCUAGCCUGCAAAAUUCUAAAUGGGCGGCAAAAAAUAGCAGCACUUUAUAUUCCAGAAACAGGCGAGGUGAUCAGCCUGGAUAAUGCUACCCAGCGAGGAGUAAUAGAUGGUAAUACUGCAUCUAUUUUGAAUAGUGUGUCCCUACCUGACAAAAUGCCUACUAUGGAUGAUAUACCAUUCCCUUUGAAAAUGACUGCAACUUGGCUAUCAUCUUAUCAUCUCCACCCAUCUAUCCAACAUGACCAUGGAAAGGAUGUAGAUCCCGCUGACAUCAGAAAGCCCAUACCUAACAGUGCAGAACAAACGCAAAAGCUAUUCACUUCUUAUCUAAUGAUAAACAGUUGUAUGGACACAACUACGGGGCAGAGACUUUUGUUGCAUUGUGGUGACUUAAAGGAGAUGGUCAGCUUGUUAAGAGAUAGAAAUGAUUCUGAGUUUAGUGCCGUUCAUAUUGAAGGAUGGUUUCGGGAGUCUUAUGUAAAUACAAAAGGGUCCAGUCUUGAGCAGUGGCCUGAAAAUGUGGUGCUUAGCUGUUUCGCCAGCAAUACUGCAGGUCGACAAACAAGUGUCCAAAAAAUUUAUUAUGACAAUACUGGGGAAGAGUAUUGGAAAGAUCACCAAAAUAGCAAAAGUGCAGGGGGAAAUGAUUUCCCUGUUGUGGCUGUUGACUUGGAGCAACGAGAAUGUGCCCUGAGGGCUGUAUCUUGUAAACAGGAAGUUGAAUCAGGAAAGGUAGCCAGUACAAAUCCAUAUCCUGAAAAAGAAAAUGUAUUAGGAAGUUUGCUAGAACAUUCUGAACAAAUACCAGUGGACCUACAUGAAAACGUAACCGAACAAGCAAAACCUGGAAAUGAUGAAGUAUGUCUUUUAAACUAUUCACAAACAAGUCUUCCUUUGACAUUAACUGAAGAUAGCAUUUAUAUUGAAGGGGAAAGAAAGAUGAAGGACAACAAUUCUACAGGAGAUUUUAAAAAAGGUUGGGAUGUAAAUGAUCCUUCAGCUAUUAAUUCAGGAGAAGUUCAAGGGAGCAAUGAUAUUUCACAUGUCAUGGUCAAUAGCAUGCAGAAAUGCAUGCCUGAUAAUUUGCAGACUAAAGAAGAAAUUGUAUUUAUGAAAGAAGAUGCAGUAAAAGAUGUCUGUCAGGAUAGUUUAUGCACCAGCAUGGAACCUGGCACUAAAUGCUUAAGUGAACCUACUGAAUUAGGGGCUUGUAAUGAGGGUGGGAUGUUGUGUUUAGAAAGUAACACCACUUCACUGUUGCAUGAUCUUAAUUACAGUAAUCGUGGAUCUUCUUUAGAAGUCUUCACUGAUAAGAAUAGCAAGUUACCUUUAGAAGACCAUUCUAUAAUGCAUGGCGCGUAUCUACUGAAAGAUCUCAUGAAUAGUAAACCACCACAAGAAGGGCUUCCAAAUAUCUAUGACAAUUCACUGUUGGAAGACCCUGCUAAUAAAUCUACAGGAAGAUUGGAAGGCCAUACUAAUUUGCAAGAUAUGCCACUCUUGGAACAUAGAGGCCAUACACAUGAUAGCCCAUCAAUGGAAGACUACACCAAUAACUCUAGUAUGCCAGUGCUAAAAAAACAUACUUUUCCCAAUAAUGAUCCACUGCUAGAAGACAAAACCACUUUGACUAAUGAAUUAUUGCAGGAACAUCAGAUUGAAAAUGAGACAUCUCUGAAAAUCAUUGCUUUCAAUGAUAUACAACCAUCCAUAGAUAAAACUAAUUUACAUUGUGCAUCACUGUAUGGCCAUCCCAUCAGUUCUGAUGGGGUACCACUGCUGGAAUAUCCUAUUGAAGAUAAAUACGUUGGACUGCGUCAGCAAGAUUAUACUGUUACUCAUUCUGGCCUACCAUUGGAAGAAAACAUAGAUACAAAUGCUGGGCUCCCAGUGGAAGUCGGAACUGAAGCUCUUGGUGGAUCAUCUGUUAUUAUUAGUUCUGAUAGCCAACGGAGAUCACCUCUGGAAGUCAGUAUGAAUGUUGAUAUAUUAAUGAUGCAGAAUGUCUCAUCUUUGGAUGACAAUAGGGCAACAUUGUCAAGUGGCAGAUUAGUUCUGGAAGGCAGUAAAUUUAAGCCUCCUGAGCCUCUGCAUGAAAGAGAAAGCCACAUUUUACAGUUAGAAAAUAAUAAUGACUAUAAAGACAGCAAAUAUCCUAGUAGUGCAGCUCCACAUAAAGAAAGCUUUGAGGCCUGUGAUACUAUACAGAUUGGCUGUGACAAUGGCAGUCUUUAUAAUGUUGCCGAAAUUGACAAGGUUGAUUCCUUUGCUGUUAAGGAAGAUGUUGGGGGAAAGUGUAGUGUAGUAGACAUAGAGGGCAAAGCAGACAGGCCAAUAAGUAUACAAGAAGCAAAACCUUCUGAGAUUGACCUGAAUAACAAAGGAUGUAUUCUGUGCUUUGGUGAAUUAGGUGACACUGAUACCUUGGAAAUUAUAAAUAUGGAAGCAUUUCAUGGAAAGAUAUUAGACACUGUUUUAGAAGAGGCAGCAGAAGGCAUUGGAGAUGUUGGGGGAAAGGGUCAGGAGAAGGGAAGUGAAGGGACUUACUUAAAUCUUCUGCAUGAAGUUGAAGUGCAAAGAGGUGGGCAUGAGGACACUGACAUGAAAGAGGACAGUGAUGCUGAUGAGAGUGAACAUGAAAGCAUAUGUGAGGGUAGUGAAAAUAAUGAAGAGGAGGAUUUUGAAGGUUAUGAUUAUAUGGACUUUGAUUAUAAUACGUCUGAUGGCACAGAUUACGAGGAUGAGGAAGUUAUGGAAAUGCACUACUCACUGUACCAUGAUAAACACACUGGAGUCCAAGUAACUGCAUUUUCAGAGGCAACAGAAAGCAAGAAUAUACACGGGGAAGACAACUUGCUCUUGAAGUUAAAAAGUAGUUUUGAAAACAACAGUGUUGCUCAGUAUCAGAACUUAGUUGAUGUUGCUGAAGAAAGUAUUCAUGAUGACCUUCCUUGUAAAAGUAAAGAUGAAAGACAGCCAGAAGCUGAACAGGUAUCUGAACCUUUUAUGGAAAACAAGAUUUUGUUGCAUAGUAGUAAAAUCACCCAGUUGGGCACAAGCAAUGGUGUGGCAUCAGAGAUUGUAUCUGAAUCAGAAGAUAUACAGGCUGAGCUGGAUGUAACUUCUCAAAUCAGCUUAUGCGCUGACCACAGCAAACCUAGAGUAUCUGACAACAUGUCAGUGCCAUGUUCAGACUGUGAGAAAACACAGAAAAUAGAAGCUGGAACAUUAGGUACUCCUAAACAAAAUAGAAAUGGAGUAUGCAUUCCGAUGGGAAAUAAUUCCCUGGAAUCAAGUGAAAAUGAAUUGAGGAAAAGCCCUGGAGAGACCGGUUCAUUACAUAUGAAAAACGGUUUUGAUGAUCUUCUCUUAUGUGAUAAAAAAUUAAAUCUUAGCCAAGAUUCAAAUGAAACAACAUUAGCUAAAUCUUCUAAUGGCUUUGCUACAGAUGAAUCAGUGGACCAUACAAAGGAGUUUGACCUUUCUACUUAUUUAAAGCAAUGUGCAAAAGAUGUAAAACUGAGAGAGGAUGGUUCAUAUUCUCUUAAGGAAGUUGCAAGAGAUCAAGAAGAUAUACAGAACACAAAGGAGCAAAUGCUAACCAGCAAUGUAAACAAUGAGAAACAGCAUUUAGGAGAACUGUACUCCAAAGUGCAAUCUUCUUCUGCAUCAAUUAUGCCAGAACCUUUGGAAGCUACAGCUAGAAAACAAAGAGAGAUUACUGUUGACUCCAAAGUAUAUCAUGCUCAAACCCAAAGCUACAAAUGUGACUUUAACAAUAUAGAGAAUCUGGAAGCAGUUGAAGUACUAGGUAACACGGCUCAAACUGUUUCUGAGGAACAUAUACAUAUAACAUCUUGUAAUGUAUUAGACAACAAGGAUGAUAACCAGUAUAGCACUGAGCAGAAAGCACAUGAAACAGAGGUCAGUCACACUGGUGUGAGAAAUACUAAUGAAAGUAUUCUAGAACAUAAGUCUGCUUUUGCAGAAAAAAGCAUCAGGGGGGAAAUGCAGCUAUCACAAAAAGAUGUGUUUCCUCAUUUUCCCCCAGUAGAGGAACACAAAGUACAUUCUUUGGAAGGGUUUGCUACAUUACCUGCAGGCUUAACAAAUAUACUAAAAGGCAAAUUAAAAGAUGGCCAUGUCUACCAUAUGCUGCAAGAUGAACCUUUAAGUUACAUUGGCACAAGAGCUUUAAUGCAAAAUCUACUCAAAAUGGUUAACUCCACACACUUGGAAAAUGAGUCUAGUCAAUACAAUGCCACAAAUACAAGUAAUAAUACUAGUAGUGCCUCAGUGGCCUCCUCACUGUGCAUAAAUGGAAAUAAAUGUAAUACUGCUCCAUAUCUUUGGUUUGAUAAUAGAAGUCCUGAUCUCUUACUUGAUAUAUUGAAGCAAGACCAUUGCAGUCAAAUAACUGAUGGCACGCAUGGAACAAUGGAUGAGAAGGCCCAGAUUGAAAGAGAUUGGGAAGAAAAAACUGCAGUUUCUUCUACAUCGAUUGCUUCUCAGCUUGAUCAUACCUUUCCCAACUCAAAUGGAGCUGGAAGUUCUUCAGGCUUGGAAGUGGAAGCUAUUGCAGAGGGUUCUCCCACAUGCAAUAAAGCUCUUGCUUUGAAUGGAGACUGCCGGUCUGGAGUGCCAAACUGUCGACCAAAAAGAUUCACUGAUGAUGAUUUGGAAUUGAAGGACUCCGUACCAGGAACUGAUGCAAAGAGUAGAUUAUCCAGUGGUAUGCCACAGUAUUCUCAGUGCACAAAGAAUCUAAGAAGACACUUGACAGUAGUUCAAGAUAUGAAAUUUCUUUUAAAUGAUCUGCAACCCAUCAGUACUGACUUGGAAGCCCUAAAAGUACAACUUGAACAGUUAGAGUCAUUUGAAUCAGGACUGGCUGGCUUUGCUGUUAUUUUGAGGAAAGAUAUGAAGUUGGCAGAAGAGUUUCUUAAAUGUCAGCACAAGGAUGUACCUAAAGAGCAACUUGAGGAUCUAAAAGAAAACUAUGAACAUUUGGAGAAGGAUUUCUUUGUGGUCUGUGAAAUGUCUUCAAAACGAGCGAAACAAAUCGUCCUUGCAGUAGAUUCUGAGAUGGUUAAACUUGCAGCAUUGCAUCAAGAACACUUAGUCAAGCUUCAGGAGUCAACAGACUGGAUCAUGGGGAAGAUUGAAACCAUGAAUAACCUCAAGGUGGAUAUGUGUGAUAUAGAAGAUAUGAAGCAAACAUUUCAGUUAUUCAAGGACCUAGAAAAAGAGCUUAGGUGUCAAAAGGUGCAGCUGGAAUCCACAGCACUUGAUGUUCAGUUCUUCAUUUCUGAACAUGCCCAAGAUCUUUCUCCAAAUCAGAGCAAACAGCUCCUGAGGCUCUUAAAUUCUACCCAGAAGCAUUUCCAAGAAGUGCAAGAAGCAAUAAGAUCUCAACUGGACCAUUUAGAAACUCAGUUACAGACAGCACAAGUUCUUGUUGAACAGAAGUACUUGGAAGAACAGCACCAGGAAUUCAAAGAAAAGCUACAGGAUAUAUGUGACCUCCUAACGCAGACAGAAAACCAGCUCAUUGGCCACAAAGAAGCCCUUGUUAUUGAGGACAGCAAGGCUGAGUUGCAGCAAUAUCAAGCCAAACAAGAGAAAUUACAGAAAGAUAUGCAAGCAAAUACACAAGCCUUGGCAGAAAUUGUGAAAAAUACGGAGAUGUUCUUGAAAGAAAAUGGGGAAAAGCUGUUGCAGGAAGACAAGACUGCUCUUGAAAAAAAGCUCAAUGAAGCCAAGACAAAGUGUUUACUGCUUAGCCAGAAGGCAGAAGAAUCCAGAAAAGAGCUAGAUAAAGCUGUGACAACAGCCAUCAAGCAGGAAACAGAAAAGGUUGCAGCCAGAGAACAGCUGGAAGAGAGUAAGAGUACAAUAGAAAAACUUCUGGACUGGUUGUCAAAUGUUGACAAAGAGGCUGAACAUGUGGGCAAGAAAUUCAAGCCAGCAAUCAAGCAGAAUGGCACCCAUUUCAAAAGAGAGGAUGUGGAGAGUUUGGCUGGAGAAGAAGAUGAAGUCAAUGGUAACUUGCUAGAAAGCCAGCAACAGAAUGAAACUGAUGUGGAUGGGCAGCUGAAACCAACAGAGGAUAACCUCAACAAGCAAUAUCAGAAAGUCAAGGCUCAACAUGAAAAAAUUAUUUCACAGCAGCAAGCUGUCAUAAUAGCCACACAGUCAGCUCAAGCCCUACUUGAAAAGCAAGGCCACCAUCUUUCUCCAGAGGAAAAAGAAAAGAUUCAAAGGAAUAUGAAGGAACUGAAGGUCCAGUAUGAAACUGCUUUAGCAGAAUCAGAGCAGAAACUGAAGUUAACACGUUCUCUGCAGGAGGAGCUUGAAAAGUUUGAUGCAGAUUAUGGUGAGUUUGAAAGCUGGCUCCAGCAGGCAGAGCAAGAACUUGAAAAUUUGGAGACUGGUGUGUCUGACUUCAGCGGUAUUAUUUUCAAACUGAAAAGGCAGAAGAGUUUUUCAGAAGAUGUCAUUUCUCACAAAGGGGACUUACGGUACAUCACCAUUUCUGGACAGAGAGUAUUAGAUGCUGCUAAAUCAUGUAACAAAAGAGAAAGUGUCAAAUAUGAGAAAGAAGGUAUUGAUACUUCAUCAACUUACACGGAGGUACAGAAUAAGCUGGAUAGUGCAACUGGCCGCUUUAAAUCUCUCUACUCUAAGUGCAGUAUUGUUGGAAACAACCUCAAAGACCUGGUAGAUAAAUACCAGAAUUAUGAGGAUGCCUCAUCUGGGCUUCUCUCUGGACUCCAGGCCUCUGAAGAAGCUGUGAAUAAACCCUUGUCUGAGGCAGUUGCUGUGGAUCCAAAAAAUCUCCAGAGGCAGCUAGAAGAAACCAAGAUGCUUCAGGGGCAAGUGUCCACUCACCAGGUUGCUGUAGAGAAACUGAAAAAGGCAGCCGAAGUGCUUUUAGACACAAGAGGAGAAUUACUACCAGAUAAAGAGGAAAUCCAGAAAACACUGGAUACCAUUGUGGAUAAGUAUAACCAUUUAUCCAAAGCAGUGAAUGACCGAAAUGAGAAACUCCAGAUCACUCUGACACGUUCAUUAAGCGUUCAAGAUGGAUUGGAUGAAAUGCUUGAUUGGAUGAAUGGUGUUGAGAAGAGCCUUGAGGAGCAAGGUCAUGUGCCUUUGAAUUCUUCUGCUAUUCAAGAUGUCAUUAGUAAAAGCAUUGCACUGGAACAAGAUAUUGCAGGUCGUCAAAGCAGUCUAAAUGCCAUGAAAGAAAAGGUGAACAAAUUCAUGGAAACAACAGAUCCAUCCACUGCAUCCUCUUUACAAACUAAAAUGAAUGAACUUUCUGCACGAUUUUGUGAAGCCAGUCACAAACACAAGAAAAAACUGGAAAAGAUGGAGGGAUUGAAGACCAAAGUGGAGCUGUUUGAGUCUCUCUCUGACAAAUUUCAGUCAUUCUUAGACAAGAAGACUCAGGCUCUCAGUGAGGCCGAUGUCCCAGGAAAGGAUGUUACUGAAAUGUCACUAUAUAUGCAGGAAACCAACACGGAGCUGAUGGAGCAGAAAAAAGAUCUUGAAGUUUUGCAACACCUCAUUGAAGAACUUUCUCCUCAUGCUCUUCCUGGAGACAAGUCAUUAGUGUUAGAAAAAGUAAAUGCCUUGUCAAAGAAGUUCAGGGAAAUGGAAGAGGCUGUACGAGAAAAAGAAGAGGAUGUGUCCUCCUGCCAACAGCAGAUGGAUUCAUUCAAGCUUCAUGUAGAAGCUUUGAAGAAAUGGAUGGAAGAGAUGGCAGAGAGAAUUCCAGCUACACAACCCUCUUUAAAUCCUGACAGUUUAAAGAAACAUUUGCAAAAUGCCAAGAAUUUGGAAGAUGAAUGGAUUUCAAAGGCACCUGAAAUUCAGAAAAUGACUUCCAGAGGAACAGCGUUAUGUAACCUAAUCAGUUCUGUGACUUCUCCUGCAAAGUCAAGAGGAGUAAAAUCUGCUGUAAGUGGAACUGUGUUAAAUGGUGAAGGAACAGCUACAGAUACCCAGGGUUUCCUUAGAAACAAAGAACUGACCACUGUCCAACAGGACAUGUCAGCUGUAAGUCAUAGUUAUGAUGAUUUGGGAGCAACACUGAAGGAAAAAAGAUCAGAACUGGAAUCCAUGCUUUCAGCUAUGCAAAACAUUCAAGAAGAAUCAAAUUCAAUGAUGGGUUGGCUCCAGAAAAUGGAUACGGCGGCAGCAAAAUGGGAAGCAACUCUUCUUGACAGUGAAGCAGUUAAAGAACAAGUGGAGCAACAUAAGCUAUUUGAAACAGAAUUGAAACAGAACGAGAAUAAAGUGCAAGAGCUGAAGGACAGAGUCACAGAGCUGUUGGAGAAAGACCCAGACUCCCCUGAGGUGUCCAAAUGGAAGCAGAUGUUGGAUAAAAUAGAUUCCAAGUGGAAGGAACUCAGCCAGGUAACAGCUGACAGACAGAAAAAACUGGAAGAGUCAUCAAAUUACCUGACCCAGUUUCAGACAGCCGAAGCUCAGUUAAAACAGUGGCUUGUGGAAAAGGAGCUAAUGGUCAGUGUACUUGGACCACUUUCAACGGAUCCAAACAUGUUGAAUACGCAGAAGCAGCAAGUUCAGAUUCUGCUUAAAGAGUUUGACACUCGAAAACCCCAGUAUGAGCAGUUAACUACAGCAGGGCAAGGGAUACUGAAAAGGCCGGGGGAGCACCCACCUUCUCAUGAAACGGUGAGGCAGCAGCUGGCCGCUGUAGCACAUAAAUGGGAUGGCUUAACAGGACAACUGAGUGACCGAUGUGGCCGAAUUGAUCAAGCCAUUAUCAAAAGCACAGAAUACCAAAGUCAUCUAAGAAGACUCUCUGAGAAACUUAGUGCCUUGGAUAAUAAACUCAGCAGCAGCCUGGCUGUAAGUACAGACUCUGAUCCUGUGAAGCAACAACUGGAAGUGGCCAGAGAAGUGAAACAAGAAAUAGAACAGGAAAUGCGGAAUAUAAAUGCUGCUCAGGCUCUGUGUGAGGAAUUGUCGGUGCUGGUAGCAGAAGAUUACUUGAAAGCAGAACUUACUAGGCAAUUAGAUGGUGUCUUAAAGCCCUUUAAGGAUAUGGAGCAAAAAGCAGGCAAUCACAUUGAACAACUUCAGUCAGCCUAUGCUAGUUCUCAUCAGUUUCAGCAAAUGUCUAAGGACUUUCAGGCCUGGCUGGACAAAAAGAAAGAAGAACAGACUCAGUCUCACCCCAUCUCUACCAAGCUGGAGUCUCUGUGGUUAUUAAUUGAUGAUCAAAAAGAGUUCAAGGCGACCUUGUCUGACCAGACUGGUUCCUAUGAAAAAAUAAUUGCAGAAGGCGAAAGUCUGCUCCAGAAGACUCAAGGGACUGAGAGGGCAGAGCUGCAGUCCCAGCUGAACUUGCUCAAAGGUAACUGGGAUGAGAUGAACAAGCAAGUUAAAGAAAGGCAAGAUCAGUUAAAUGAUUGUCUGGAAAAAGCCCUCCGAUACAAAGAGCACGUAGAGAACUUACAGCCCUGGUUAGCAAAGUGCCAGAGCAACCUGGCUGGAAUCAAAAUGAGCAUAGAGCCUGCUGAGCUAGAAAAUUCCAUUGCUCAGGUGAAGACCUGGCAGAAGAAUUUGGACAAACACCAUGGGCUGGUGGAGCUGCUGAGUAAUGCAGCUGAAGCUUUGGUCAAUGCCUGUCAGACAGAUAAAGACAUUAUUGGAGAGGAAAAGAUGCUGUUGAUCCAGCAAGUAGACGUGGUCACCGAACAAUUGCAUGCUAAGAGAGAAGGUUUGGAAAAGAUGUAUCAGAGACUAAAAGAGUUUCGAGAAUCAUCCAAGGAAGUGAAAGAGCAGCUUACGAACGCCAGAGAGCAGCUGGAGGCUCAUGAUGCUCUCAAACCCCAGACUUACAGCAACAAACACUUGACAGUGAUGCAGGCGCAGCAGAAAGCACUUCAGGCGGUGAAGACUCAAGUGGACCAGGCAAAAAAGCUUGUCCAGGAGCUGGUGGUGGAUGCUUCAGAUUCAUCGGGUGUUUCUGAACUCUUGUUGAAAGCAGAGGCACUAGAAGAAGAAUAUUGUACCAUCAGCCAACAGACGGAAGACAGAUGCUCCUUCCUGGAGACUAAACUCCAGGGAAUUGGCCAUUUCCAGAACACCAUUCGAGAGAUGUUUUCUCAGUUUGCAGAGUUUGAUGAUGAGCUGGACAGUAUGGCCUCUGUGGGCAGGGAUCUUUCCAUACUGCAGUCACAACGAGAGGCUAUCAAAACUUUCCUGAAAAAAUUGGAAGAUCUGAUAACCAGUAAUGAAAAUGCAAACAAAACCUGUAAAGCAAUGUUAGCAAAUGGAGCUGAAACCUCUCCUGAUGUUGCGGGUAUCAAAAGAGACUUGGAGGCUUUAAAUAAGCAGUGCAAUAAGUUGCUGGAUAGAGCCAGAGCCAGAGAGGAACAGAUUGAGGGGACUGUUAACCGUAUUGAAGAAUUCUACAGUAAACUAAAGGGAUUUUCGGAACUGCUCAGGGAAGCUGAGGAACACGAAGAGUCCCAAGGUCCUGUUGGAAUGGAAACAGAAACUAUUAAUCAACAGCUGAGUAUAUUCAAGGUAUUUGAGAAAGAAGAGAUUGAACCACUGCAGGUUAAGCAACAGGAGGUAAAUUGGUUGGGUCAAGGCCUUAUUCAGAGUGCUGCUAAAAACACUAGCACUGAUAACCUUGAGUGUGAUCUUGAGGAUGUUAACACAAGGUGGAAAACUCUCAACAAAAAGGUUGCUCAGAGGGCAGCCCAAUUGCAAGAAGCAUUACUCCACUGUGGGAGGUUCCAAGAUGCUCUUGAAUCUCUACUUAGCUGGCUCAUUGACACAGAAGAUCUUGUGGCUAAUCAAAAGCCUCCAUCUGCUGAGUUUAAAGUUGUGAAGGCCCAAAUACAGGAACAGAAACUUCUUCAGAGAUUGCUGGAUGACCGCAAACCCACUGUUGAACUAAUCAAGCGUGAAGGGGAGAAAAUUGCAGAGUCAGCAGAGCCCGCUGAUAAAGAGAAGAUCUUGAAACAGCUGAGCCUCCUGGAUAGCAGAUGGGAUGCAUUGCUCGAUAAAGCGGAAAUGAGGAAUCGUCAGUUGGAAGAUAUCUCAGCGGUAGCACAGCAGUUCCAUGAAACAUUAGAACCACUGGUUGAGUGGUUAACCACCACUGAGAAGAGGCUUUCAAAUUCAGAACCCAUUGGAACACAAGCUUCCAAACUACAACAACAAAUUUCUCAGCAUAAAGCCUUAGAGGAAGACAUCAUCACUCGCAAUCCAAAUUUACAGCAAGCUAUUAGUAUUGGUCAGGCUUUAAAGACAUUUUGCUCCAGGGAAGAUAAAGAUAUGGUGCAGGAGAAACUAGAUUCUUCCGAAGCCCGAUACACUGAGAUUCAAGAGAAAAGCAGCAGUAGGGCUGAACUUCUCCAGCAAGCGUAUUGUAAUGCUCAGAUAUUUGGAGAGGAUGAAGUUGAACUGAUGAAUUGGCUGAAUGAAGUUCAUGAGAAACUGAGCAAACUGGCAGUCCAAGACUACAAUACUGACUUUCUUGUGAAACAACAUGCUGAAAUGCUGGUUCUUCAAGAAGAGAUUCUGCUUAGAAAGCAAAAUGUUGAUCAGGCUAUACAAAAUGGUUUGGAACUUCUCAAGCAAACUACAGGUGAUGAAGUAGUCAUAAUUCAAGAUAAAUUGGAAGGCAUUAAAGCGAGGUACAAGGACAUCACCAAGCUGAGUUCUGAUGUCUCCAAGACUUUAGAGCAGGCUUUGCAGCUUUCAGGUCAGCUGCAUUCAACUCAUGAGGAGCUCUGCACUUGGCUUGACAAAGUUGAAGUGGAAUUGCUUUCAUAUGAUACUCAGAUACCCAAAGGUGAAGAGUUGACUCAAGCACAAGAAAGACAAAAGGAACUGAAAAAAGAAGCAAAAGACAAUAAAAGCUUAUUGGACACUCUCAAUGAAGUCAGCAGUGCUUUGCUAGAACUGGUGCCAUGGAGAGCAAGGGAAGGGAUUGACAAAAUGGUAACAGAAGAUAACAAACGGUACAGAUCAGUGACGGACACGAUAACGCAGAAAGUGGAAGAGAUUGAUGCUGCUAUUUUAAGAUCACAGCAGUUUGAUCAAGCAGCUGAUACUGAAUUAGCUUGGGUGGAGGAAACAGAAAAAAAGCUGAUGUCUCUGGGUGAUAUUAGGCUUGAACGUGACCAGACCACUGCUCAGCUACAGAUUCAGAAGGCGUUUACCAUGGAGAUUUUAAAACACAAGGAUACAGUAGAUGAACUGGUUGCAUCCGGGGAUGAGAUUAUGAAGACAUGCACAGAAGAGGAGAAACAAACUAUGAAGAAGAAACUGGAAAGCCUCUUACAGAAAUAUGAUGUGCUCUGUCAAAUGAACUCUAAGCGGAACUUGCAGCUAGAACGGGCUCAGUCUUUGGUUAGCCAGUUCUGGGAGACUUAUGAAGAGAUUUGGCCAUGGUUAACUGAAACAGAAACAGUCAUCUCGCAGCUUCCAGCUCCAGCUCUUGAAUAUGAAACUCUAAAGCAACAGCAAGAAGAACAUCGGCAACUGCGAGAGUUGAUUGCUGAACACAAGCCUCAUAUAGAUAAGAUGAACAAAACUGGACCUCAGCUUCUGGAGCUGAGCCCACAAGAAGGAUUUUCAAUCCAAGAAAAAUAUGUAGCAGCUGAUGCCCUUUACAGUCAAAUUAAAGAAGAUGUCAAAAAGCAAGCUCAGGCACUGGAUGAAGCCAUUUCUCAGUCUACACAGUUCCAUGACAAGAUAGAUUCGACCAUUGAGAGUCUGGAGCGCAUUGUUGAACGUUUGAGGCAGCCGCCCUCCAUUUCAGCUGAAGUUGAGAAGAUUAAAGAACAGAUUGGUGAAAACAAAAAUGUGUCUGUAGAUCUGGAAAAACUUCAACCUGUGUAUGAAACGCUCAAACAGCGUGGGGAGGAAAUGAUUUCCCGUUCAAAAGGAGCUGAUAAGGACAUAUCUGCUAAAGUGGUUCAAGAUAAGCUGGACCAAAUGGUCUUCAUCUGGGAAGACAUCCAUACCCUCGCUGAGGAAAGGGAAGCAAAAUUGCUUGAUGUUAUGGAACUGGCAGAGAAGUUCUGGUGUGACCAUAUGGGUCUUGUAGCCACUAUUAAAGAUACUCAGGAUUUUAUCAGGGAACUAGAAGGACCUGGGAUUGAUCCAUCUGUGGUGAAACAGCAACAAGAAGCAGCAGAGUCUAUCAAAGAAGAAAUAGAUGGGCUACAAGAAGAACUAGAUGCUGUUGUGAACCUUGGCUCUGAACUCAGAGUGGCAUGUGGAGAACCUGACAAACCUUUAGUGAACAAGAGCAUAGAUGAGCUCAAUUCUGCUUGGGAUGCUCUAAAUAAAACAUGGAAGGAGCGUGUUGACAAGCUUGAGGAAGCUAUGCAGGCUGCCGUUCAGUAUCAAGAUGGUUUGCAGGCUAUAUUUGACUGGGUGGAUAUUGCUGGCAGUAAAUUAGCUUCAAUGUCCCCAGUUGGGACAGACAUAGAAACAGUGAAACAGCAAACAGAAGAACUGAAGCAAUUUAAGACAGAAGCCUAUCAGCAACAGAUAGAAAUGGAACGACUGAACCAUCAAGCAGAGCUGUUGUUGAAGAAGGUGACAGAGGAAAGCGAUAAGCAUACUGUACAAGACCCCUUGUCUGAACUUAAGUUGUUGUGGGAAACCCUGGAGGAUAAAAUUGUUAGCCGCCAGCAUAAGUUAGAAGGUGCAUUACUGGCUUUGGGGCAAUUCCAGCAUGCCCUGGAUGAGUUGCUGACAUGGCUGACACAUACAGAAGACCUUCUAAAUGAACAGAAGCCUGUGGGUGGUGACCCCAAGGCCAUUGAAAUUGAACUGGCCAAACACCAUGUGCUGCAAAAUGAUGUCUUGGCUCACCAGUCCACUGUGGAAACAGUUAAGAGAGCAGGAAAUGACCUGAUUCAGUCAAGCGCUGUUGAAGAAGCAAGCAAUCUACAAAGCAAGCUGGAACUUCUGAAUCAGCGGUGGCAAAAUGUCUUGGAAAAAACAGAAAAAAGGAAACAGCAGCUGGACAGUGCUUUGAUCCAGGCCCAAGGUUUCCAUGGUGAAGUUGAAGAUCUGCAACAAUGGCUGACAGAAACCGAACGUCAGCUUUUGGCAUCGAAGCCUGUUGGUGGUUUACCAGAGACUGCGAGAGAGCAGCUUAAUACCCAUAUGGAACUCUGUGCUGCCUUUGAAGCCAAAGAAGAAAUAUACAAGUGCCUGAUGCAAAAAGGCCUGCAGAUGCUAGGAAGAUGCCCAGAGACUAUUGAAACAAAUGUUGAGCAAGACAUUAAUAACCUUCAAGAAAAAUGGGAAUCGGUAGAAACAAAGCUCAGUGAAAGAAAAAUCAAACUGGAAGAAGCCCUCAGCUUGGCAAUGGAGUUCCACAACUCACUGCAGGACUUCAUCAACUGGCUUACUCAAGCCGAGCAAACCUUGACAGUGGCUUCUCGGCCAAGUCUUCUUUUGGACACUGUCUUGUUUCAAAUUGAUGAGCACAAGGUCUUUGCCACUGAAGUGAAUGCCCACCGUGACCAGAUUAUAGAGCUGGACAAAACUGGAACACACCUGAAAUACUUCAGCCAGAAACAGGACGUUGUCCUCAUUAAGAAUCUGCUGAUCAGUGUCCAGAGUAGAUGGGAAAAAGUAGUUCAGCGUUUAGUGGAAAGAGGAAGAGCUUUGGAUGAUGCGAGGAAGCGUGCCAAGCAGUUCCAUGAAGCCUGGAACAAACUUAUGGAAUGGCUGGACGAUUCAGAAAAGACUUUGGAUGCAGAGCUUGAAAUUGCAAAUGAUCCAGAUAAAAUUAAGAUGCAGCUUACCCAGCAUAAGGAUUUCCAGAAAGCUCUUGGAGCCAAACAUUCUGUGUACGACACCACAAAUAGAAGUGGGCGUUCCUUAAAAGAAAAAACUUCACUUGCUGAUGACAAUCUGAAACUGGAUGAUAUGCUGAGUGAACUCAGAGACAAAUGGGAUACAGUCUGUGGAAAAUCUGUAGAAAGACAAAACAAACUGGAAGAAGCCCUGCUGUUUUCUGGGCAAUUUACUGAUGCUCUUCAGGCUCUCAUAGACUGGCUCUACAAAGUGGAACCACAGCUGGCGGAAGAUCAGCCCGUGCACGGAGACAUUGAUUUAGUGAUGAACUUAAUAGAUAAUCACAAAGUCUUCCAAAAGGAACUGGGGAAGAGGACAAGCAGCGUCCAGGCUCUGAAGCGCUCUGCCCGAGAACUGAUAGAAGGCAGCCGGGAUGAUUCCUCCUGGGUCAAGGUCCAAAUGCAGGAACUCAGCACUCGGUGGGAGACUGUGUGUGCAUUGUCUGUCUCCAAGCAAACACGGCUGGAGCAAGCACUCCAUCAGGCAGAAGAAUUCCACUCUGUUGUGCAUGUUCUUUUGGAAUGGCUGGCUGAGGCUGAACAGGCCCUUCGUUUCCAUGGUGUCCUCCCAGAUGAUGAAGAGGCACUGCGUGCACUAAUAGAUCAGCAUCGGGAAUUCAUGAAGAAACUGGAAGAAAAAAAGGCUGAACUAAAUAAAGCCACAGGUAUGGGAGAGGCGGUCCUGGCUAUCUGCCACCCAGACUCCAUCACGACCAUUAAGCACUGGAUAACAAUCAUCAGGGCAAGAUUUGAAGAGGUGUUAGCAUGGGCAAAGCAACACCAGCAGAGAUUGGCAGGAGCCCUGGCUGCACUUAUCGCUAAUCAGGAGUUGUUGGAAGCAUUAUUGUCCUGGCUUCAAUGGGCAGAGACCACACUUACUGAAAAGGACAAGGAGGUCAUUCCUCAGGAGAUUGAUGAUGUCAAGGCACUCAUAGCUGAACAUCAGACAUUCAUGGAGGAAAUGACCAGAAAACAGCCUGAUGUGGAUAAAGUUACUAAGACGCAUAAAAGGAAAGCGGCUGAAUCUGCUCCAGUCCAGUCUCAUAUUCCUGUCCUGGAUAAAGGAAGAGGAGGAAGAAAGCGUUCCCCCACGCCAAGCAUAUAUCCCUCAGGCGCACAGACCCAGAUUGAAACCAAGAAUCCACGGGUGAUCCUGUUAGUCAGCAAAUGGCAGCAGGUCUGGCUUCUGGCCCUGGAAAGAAGAAGGAAACUUAAUGAUGCUUUGGAUCGACUAGAAGAGCUGCGGGAAUUUGCCAACUUUGAUUUUGAUAUUUGGCGGAAAAAAUAUAUGCGGUGGAUGAACCAUAAAAAAUCUCGAGUCAUGGACUUCUUUAGGAGGAUAGAUAAAGACCAAGAUGGAAAAAUAACAAGACAAGAAUUUAUUGAUGGAAUUCUUUCUUCAAAGUUCCCUACUAGCCGAUUAGAAAUGAGCGCAGUAGCUGAUAUAUUUGACAGAGAUGGCGAUGGAUAUAUUGACUAUUAUGAAUUUGUAGCAGCGCUUCAUCCAAACAAGGAUGCAUACAAGCCUCUGACAGAUGCAGACAAAAUUGAGGAUGAGGUGACAAGGCAGGUAGCAAAAUGUAAAUGUGCAAAGCGAUUCCAGGUGGAGCAGAUUGGUGAUAACAAGUACCGAUUCUUCCUGGGAAAUCAGUUUGGUGACUCCCAGCAACUCCGUCUUGUCCGUAUUCUGCGGAGCACUGUUAUGGUUCGCGUUGGAGGUGGAUGGAUGGCGCUAGAUGAGUUCUUAGUGAAAAAUGAUCCUUGCAGAGUUCAUCAUCACGGGAGUAAAAUGUUACGUUCGGAAUCAAACUCUUCAAUUACUACUCAGCCUACUAUAGCGAAGGGGAGGACAAACAUGGAACUGCGUGAGAAGUUCAUUUUGGCAGAUGGAGCCAGCCAAAGUAUGGCUGCUUUCCGACCAAGGGGGCGUAGAUCACGGCCUUCUUCAAGGGGUGCUUCACCCAACAGAUCCACAUCUGUGUCAAAUCCACCUGCUCAAGGAACUCUGACACCAGCUGUUGCUACCAGUACACCCAAGACACUCCAUCAUUUAACACGCAACUAUGGUAAACCAUGGUUGAUAAACAGCAAAACGUCAUCUCCUUGUAAACCACCAGAGUGCUCUGAAUAUCAAGUGUCAUCCACAGAGGGUACCCCAAUGCGAGGGAGUAAACUUAGAUUGCCAGGAUAUCUAUCGGGAAAGGGCUUCCAUUCUGGGGAAGACAGUGGCCUAAUCUCAACAGCAGCUACAAGACUGAGGGCACAUUUUGCAGAUACACGAAAAACUCCAAGCAGGCCUGGAAGUCGAGCAGGAAGCAAGGCUGGCAGUAGAUCAAGCAGCCGCCGAGGCAGUGAUGCAUCUGACUUUGAUAUUUCAGAAAUCCAGUCCGUGUGCUCGGACACGUCAGAGACUGUUCAUACCCCAAGCAGACCGACCCCCCGGCCGAGUACUCGUUCAGCAUCCGCUAAGCCUUCCAAAAUUCCAGCUCCACAAAGAAGGUCACCUGCUAGUAAAUUAGACAAGUCCUCCAAGAGAUAAUGUGAUUGGCUCAGUCAAGGUCUUCUUUUCCCUGUGCAUUAAAUAUUUAAGUUUGUAAGAUGUAAAAUAUUCUGUAGAAAUUAUUGUGAAAUAUGACAAGAGUUGGAUUUUUUAAUUUUGCAGAUGGCCUUAUUUGUGUAUUUGUCUUGUUUAUUUUAUGUGUAUAAUUUUUGUCAAAGUUUCUUUUAUUUGUUUAUGCCAUAUCCCAUACGAACAGGGGGAAGAGAAUUUUUUAAUGUAAACUAACGGUUGUUUGCAGUAAUGUGUAGAGAGAUCACUAAAAGCAAUUUCUGAAUGUACAGUUACGUCUUUGCGUCCUAAGUCAACAAGGCCUGUUGCUUUGUCAUUAGGUUUAACAGUAAAGGAUACCUCAUAACUUUGUCUUAGUGCAAAUGAAAAAGACAAAAGGCAAAAUUAUGCAUUUUGGGCUAACAGAGUGGACACUAAAAGGCACGAGGCAGGGGUACUAAGAAGCAGAAGACACAGCAGUUAAUUAAAUCACAGUCUCCAGAGAACUCACUGAAAAAGUUACUUAAAGAGCACUUGCCAGUACUACGAUACUCCAAUAUCUUGCAGCAUUUUCUGUGCCAUUGCUUUAAAAGAGGCCAGACACAAUCUGGGUACUAGAAUUAUUACACUUGUAUAAGAAUGCCAGUAUAAUCUGCAUUCAUGUCAAUGUGAGGUUUUCUUUUGCUUGAGUGGAUGAUAGCACUGUAUCAUUGGACCCAUUUUAUAUCAAAGCAGUUUUGCUUGCAAAAAAGAAACGGGGUAAAAGAAAAAAAAUCUAUGAAAUAAAUCUUGUCCCUUCUC